AUGUCCUCCAAGGACUUCAUCAUCAAGCAUAUGAAUGCCGACCAUGCCGACUCCCUCCAGCUCUACCUACAAGCCUACAAUGGCAUCACCGCGAAAGAAGCCAAGGGUGCUACCCUGGAGGACUUGACCCUUUCCAAUCUCAUCCUCUCCGCCCACGGCACCCGCUACAGCGUCCCCAUCCAACCUCCCAUGAAAGACUACACCGAAGCCCGCGUGCGUCUCAUCGCAUUAAACAACGACAGCCUUCAACGCCUGGGUCGCUGGGACGUGACCCUCACCAAGUACCGACCUCCCCGUGGCUUCCAAGCUGUCAUUUUUGGCCUAGUGCUCUUCACGUAUGUGACGUGUUGGAGGCGCAGCAAUCUUUUGCCCGGCUCGUUCGUCUACGAGAACAUGGGUUUCAGGGUUUUCCCAGAUUUCACCCACUUCAUUUAUACGAUCUGGCCGGUCUUCUUCCCCGCUGUGCUGGGAGUUCAUGUCCUUGAGAGUGCGGCGUUGGCGGUAUUGAGGUUGCAGCCUCUUGGUGUGCCUUUUGGAUCGAAGUUAUGGGCGAUCUGGAUGGGUUCGUGUUUCAUCGAGGGCUUUGGGUCUUUUGUAAGAAUUAGGCAAAUUGUGAAUGAGGAGAGAGCGAAGAAGAAUGGGAAGAAACAUUGA